UAUACGUCAAAAUGAUUCCCGAGUGCAGGGGCGAUUUCAAUAGAUAAAUAAUUUGUUAACCCGUUCCUAAUAAUAAUGGUGCCUUAAAAACAAUAUACAUGGACAUGGAUAACGAAAGUAACGAUUUUACAUUACCACCGGCCCCGAGGGGCUUAUGUUUUGAUCGUAAUGACUUCGUCAAGACGAGCUUUUCGGUGGAUAAUUUCCUCUCAGACCAUCAAGAUGUUGCAUCCUUGGAAACUAUGCGCGAUGACCUAGGUGUCUAUUUAAAAGUACUUAGGUUAGCAAUGAUAGAACUUAUUAAUAAGGACUAUGCAAAUUUCGUAAACUUGUGUGCUACACUAAUUGGUUUCGAUAAAACAAUCGUAAAAAUACAAGUGCCAUUGGGUCAAUUGAAUGAUGAAGUUAUAAAUGUAAAGCAAUGUUUGGAAGAUGCUAUGAAAGAAUUGUCAUUGUGGCUUAGCCAACGGCAUGCCUUGAUUAAGAAAAAACAGCUACUUAAAUAUUACAGUCAGACUUUAAAUUGCCUUACAGUACUAGAAAACAUUUUGAAGGAAAUAUUUGAUAAAAGAAAAUAUGAGCAAAUUAUCAUUGCCGAUAGGGCUGCAAUGCAAUACAACCAGCUCAAGUAUUCAAUAUCAAAAUGUGAUAGUCUUGUAAAACCAGAGCAAAAAAAACAGUACAACGAAGUAGGAAGAAAACUAAUUCAAAUUCUAAAUGAUUUGCUCUUUCAGUUUUGGAAUGAUAAUAAUGAAGAAUAUUUACUUAGAACACUGUUGACUUUAACAACAUUAGACAGAGUCACUGAAACAGAAAUGUUAAUAAGAAAACAAGCAGUGGCUCCACUUUUACAAGACAUAAUAAAUGAACCUGCAUUACAAAGAAAUAAAGAUGGCUUACAAGGAGUGUAUAGAAAUAUAUUGUCAUUAUUAGACAGCAAAUUAAAUUUAUUUAUUGUUGUCACUCAACAUUCCAAAUUAACAUUUCUUGCAAAAAAAUAUAAAUUUUUAGUAAAUUGUUUUUGGUGUGAAGUAGAAAACCGUUUAGAGGUUAACUUAGCAUCAAUUUUUGCACCUGGUAACCCACAGCUGUUUUAUAGGAGAUAUAGUGAAAGUAUGCAUUUCAUUACCCAAUUAGAAGAAUACUGUUCAACAAAAGAAAUGGUUCAACUGUUCCAUGAAACUCAUGAGUUUAAAAGUUUUCUUAGGAGGUGGAAUUUGCCAGUAUAUUUCCAGAUUCGAUUUCAGGAAAUAGCAGGCAGUUUUGAAGCAUCACUUAAAUCAAGUCCAACAUUACAAAAGAAUGAUGACUUCAUUUUACUUGAAACACACAAGUGUUGGAAAGCUCUCCAAGACUGCUGGUCGGACGGUAUCUUCAUUGAGGCUUUAGCUCACAAGUUCUGGAAGCUAUCACUUCAAUUGUUGUGCAGAUAUGCUACAUGGAUAACUAGCAUUUGUUCUGAACAAACUGUUUCCCCUAAACUGGAAUCAACAGGUAUUAACAAAAGUUUAAUUGACAACUGUAUAUUCUUAUAUCUCGAUACUUCCACAUUGGCACAACAAUUAGCUAAAUUGCUAGUAAUUGUUGAAAGCAAGAUGCCAAAUAGAUGUGUAGAAUUAGUAAGAGAAAGCUUAAAACCAACUGAAGAAUUGUUACAAGGAACAAAAGUUAAAAUAAGCGAAUGUAUAGUUAAUGAAUUAUUUGAGUAUUUCAAUGUACAGUUAAAACAAGUUAGUGACAUACCAAGAUUAUAUAGAAAGACGAACCGUAGCAUACCAACAAAGCCUUGUAAUUAUAUAGAUGUUAUAGCGAGAUCAAUGCAAGAAUUCAGUGAGGAUGCUUCUAAGAGACUUGAUAACUUAUUUUUAGUUGAACUAUAUAAUAUGUUAUUCAAUGUUAUGACUAUUUCAUAUUAUAAAUAUGUUGAAGAUGUGUUAGUGUCUGUGCAAAGAACUGAAGAAUCUUUAAGAAGACUAAAGCAAAUUCGAGAUAUGGCCUCUUCUCAGACUAAUGACAACUCGGGCAUCACAGAUGGGGAUAAAAUUCGAUUACAACUUAACAUGGAUGUUGUUUCAUAUACUAAGUUGGCAGAGACCCUUCUGGUAGAUGUAAAUAGAGUGCACAAAUUAGCAGAUUUAUCUUCUAUGGUUACAGAUGCUGUAAAAAAUAUAAAUAUUAAAUGAUAUGCCCAGUUGUGUA